UUGCCACUCGAGCCAGUUGAUGCAUGAUGUUGUAUAUUGACCGCUGCGAUCCCUUUCAAGUCUGAAAGCAUCAUGCCCUGGCCAUCGUCUCAGAGUGUUGUCAGCUGCCUCCUCAGACACUAGCGGACAAACGACCAAGGGGUCAGACAGGUCGACAGGCGCCCUUUCUUGUGCCUCAUAUCGUACAGCUUUCAGAGAUGUCUGCAGUGGCGCAGAUGAUUGUUCUAUUGCUCUUUGCGCUCAUGCUCAGCAUCACAGCGUCACCGGUCCAGGAGAUUGGCAAGGAGCUCUCGGAACGAUCAGUGCUGGCUGGUCACUUCUUCACGCUUCACUACGGAGCAGUAGGAGCUUGCUCAGUCUCUGCUCUCCAUCAAUGGGAUCCCGUGCACAGCAUACAAGUGUCCGUCCAGCAAACGAUCACCUUUAGGGUUUCGAUCAAGCCAGGUGAACGCCCUGUCUGCGUCAAAGGUCCCUGCCAAAAGGUCACUGGCCUCGGUCACUACGCUGAAAGCAGGCAAGCCUAUUGGCUUGAAAAUGUCGACGGAAGCCUGGGCGUCACGUGGAAUGGUUAUGCCGGCUGUUGCGAUGUGUUCUAUUUUAUCUACUUCUAUCUCAACCCUCACACUGGGGAGGGCGAGAUCGACCCGAUGCAGCAAGGUGAAUUCUUCGGAGAGUGCGUCGAAGAUCGAAAGACACCGGACGGUCGUUUGUGCGCUGAUGUCCUCAAACCAACCGGAGGCGGACUCUUCUUCCAACCUUGUCUGCAAACGAGAACAGUCAAAACGCGUAUCACUUCAACGCCUUAUUAUGCGUCGUCUAGCUCUUAAGCUUGGUUGUGAUGUUCGACGCGGUUGCAGGUCUCCUCAUUCUGGUACCUCGCGAGAUGCAACGAUAACGCUUCAAUUCCUUCGCGUCGCAGGGGGACGCCGAUCGCAACGGACCCUGUCCUGAUGUCCUUGCUUUCGUAGUCCCUCUACUAUACUCUUGAACACGACACAAUGCUCGUUUUGUUGACUUUCCUGCUGAUAUCCAUCAGCUUGGCCGCAGCAUCGCCAGUGACGUCCACUCCGGCAUCGGAAAUGAGUGAACGAGC